AUGUCUUCUUCGCCGGAGUUGAGGCGGCCACCGCAGCACGAGGGGGUACCGCGCGAGGUUGUAGCGUGGAUUCACACCCUGCACCUCCCGCGCGUUGUGCGGCGCCCGAGGCGGGACCUAUCCAACGGCUUUUUGGUGGCGGUGAUCUGCUCGCGGUACUGGAGCAGCAUCAGCAUGCACUCCUACGAGGACAAGAUGAGUGCGGCGCAGAAGCGCAGUAACUGGGAGUUGCUGCAAAAACAGUUCGCCCUGAACAAUUGCCCGCUGAGUGGUCGCAUGAUUGAGGGGGUGAUGGCCUGCCGCGAGGACUACGCCAACUCUCUUCUCCGGCAGCUGUACACGCACCUGACGGGGCGGGUGAUUGUCGAGGCGGCACCGCUGCCCGCGGAAGAGGUGGCACAGCCAAAAACGAUUCUGCCACGGUCGAUGCCCCCUGUGUUGUCUACAAAAAUCAACGUGGAGUUUAACGCCCCAGCUGUCGACGACAUCACGAGGUCGACGACACGCGUGCGGGAACUCUGGCCCUCGAAUGCGGCCGCGUUGGCCUCGCCAGACCGCACCUUGCCCCUGGCGGUGGCGAAGAGGCCCGUCAUUCACGCUAUCGCCAAUGACCAAGCGAGUGGUGACGCGGGUGACAAGGAGGCCGCGAGGAGUUUUGAGGAUACAUCCAGCAAUGACGGCGCCGCUGACAAGAAGCGGCCAAACGGAAAACCACCGAUGAACUUCCUCGUCUCGCUGCGCCCUGCGGAGGUGCGACAGACCGUGGUCCGUCCCGCGCCCAGGGACAACAAGCAAACAGCUGCACGAGAUGGUCAGAAACGGCAGAAGCAGCAGCAGCAAGAACAACCCGAUGAUCUUCUCCCCCCCACGAGGGAGGUCACAGCGCUGGAUUACAUUGAGUACGUUGUGCGGACGCAGGCGGCCGACCAAGGGUGGUCGUGUGCCCGCGACAUAUCUGCGCCCUUUACGGAAUACUUUCUGCGUGAAGAGGCCAACUUGGGAGCACUGCUGCAGCGUCGCCUGUGGAGUGCCCUACUUGGAAGCGUCAGUCAGUUGACGGAGCGUGUCUUGUGUCAGGGCGACUCCAUGGCCGACGUCGCCGCUCUCUUCUUGCGAAGGCUUCCGCCAGAGGAAGCAAACGAGCAACUGUCAAAACAAUGGCAACGGCACCCUCUGCAGCUGGAAGACGCCUCCGCGGCACCGAGACCCUGGAAGAAGGAGGCACCUUCGAGAGGGAAUUCAGAACCUCAGCGAUUCGUCUUUUUAGCGUCUCUUCUCUCAAGCAUCUCCGACGCAGAUAAUUUUCUUGCUAUAUCGGUGUACUGUGAUGACGUUCUGCCCCAUUCCGCAGAGGUAAUGGGAACGCUUGACAACGCCGCUGCCAACGUGCACGCUUCGCUCCUUUGUGCUGCCUUGCCCGCCAACCGAAGGCUUGCCGCGCGAUUGUUACCCGAUGUGCUCGUAGCUGUUUACACCGCCGUUACGGAGUCAAACACGGUUGAGGCAAAACGCAGUUAUUAUAUUUUACUGCGUGCGGUGCUCUUGCGCCUUGCACGUACUGCGUGUCGGACUUCGUUGCUGUCUGCACGAUCUUCUUCCUUGGCCACCGCCACCGCCACCGCCACCGCCACCGCCACCGCCACGGUGUCAGCAACGGUAAGCGAUCCACUUGUUAUGGCUGCCUUUGAGAUCAUUGGACCCAAUGUUCUGGCAGCCCUCUCUCAUGAAUCCUUCACGGUGCGGCUUGUGGGGGCUCACCUCGCAGAGGCCCUUGCAUUCACAUCUUAUCCCACAGAACGCUUGUUAAGAGACAUUUUGCCGCUGCUAAGUGCCUGCAUAACCACUGCUUCACCUAUGUUUAACUGUGUCUGUGCGGCAUGGCUGCGGAGUGUCAUGAAAUGCUUCAGCGACCCUCAUGAAUACGCGCUGUUUGCCGUCGAGGGCAAAGCUGUAGACAAAGAGGCAUUGUAUGCGCGUACGGCACUGCAUCUAGCGACUAUGAUGCAGCAUCUAUCUGACGGACUGCUGGCACCAGGCCGGUUAAAUGUAAAGACCUACAUCGCCAAGCAACUGGCUCUCUGCCUUGACGAUGUUCCCAACGAUGGUAGCAUGCGGCAGUUAUUUAACCCAGAGAAGGUGGCAAGAUCGGUCUUUUCUGUCUUGCAAAGCGUCCCAGCUGAGCUUGUGGCAGGCUUUUUCAUAUCGUCAUCGUCUGCGGAAGGAGGCGUACGUGUUAAGGGGGGGCCUAAUGGGCAGAUGGCGUUAGCAUCUGUGAGUUGCCCACUGCUUGGUUCGUUGCCUAUGGACGGUUCGCUGCGUGACUGUUACCCGCUGGCGCUUUCUGAGGCGGUGCUUUUAGUCUUUCCACCAGAAGCGGAUGGUCAGCGACCAUCAACGCAAAGCGAGCAAUACAGAAGUAACGUGACUAGUCGUGCUGCAGGUGCCGAGGGGCCGCCGAUGACGACCCGCCUGAUAACUGCGAAAGCGACACGGCUGCUGCGGGACCGUGUGGUGCCGGAAGACGUUACACAGCGCGUGACAUGGAUGUACAAAGUUAUUGUCGCCUGCAGAAAUGGUUAUGAGUUUCCGGAGCGACCCCCGUCCCUCAGCGAGGCGACCGCGACGAAGCGGUGGACUGCCGUCAUGAGGCAGAUGUACCACGACAUCGCUGUGCUUUCCACGGCGGCGGAGAUACUUUGCGCGCCGAAAGGGGAAGUAUUGAUGGACGAUGCCGCAAGCACCAUCGCAAAACUGGCGGGAAUGGCGCAGCAGAUCGUGCUGCGGUGGCACGCGGAACUCAUAAAGGGGGGUCCGCAGCUGCUGAAGAACUCCAACGCAGCUUUGCCCACCGUGUCCGAGCGGAUGACGGGGGCGAUGACAUGGUACCACAACUCCUUUGCUGAAUCUCAGCCGCAGCAGUCCCGCCGCGUCUCUACGGGCCCUCACGCGCCUCGGAGAGGAAGCGGUAGAGCGCAGCCACUUGGAUAA